AUGAUUCUUCCUCUACCGAUGGUCCCACCUCAGAAUCACCCGAAACUGAAAUUUUUGAGGACCGACUCUCGUAGGUACGUCUGCGUUAUCGUAGUGGCACAAGGAAGAAAGUCGACGCACGGAAGAGCAAGAUGUCUAGGACAAAAUCCGGUGCUCAAGAACUUUGACAUUCGAUCUCAUGAAAUUCCUAAAGUCAAGAAAACUUGGAAGAUAUGUGUCACUUUUUUAAGGUUGUAUUCAUGUGAAAUAGAGAUGUUGCAGCAAUGCAAUCAUCCUAAUGUUGUUCGUUAUUUAGGAAACUAUCAGGGUGAGGAGUAUCUUUGGAUUGUAAUGGAGUAUUGUGGUGGAGGAAGUGUUGCUAAUGUGAUGAAUGUCACUGAUGAGGCUUUAGAGGAGUACCAAAUAGAAUAUAUAUGUACUGAAGCAUUGAAGGGUUUAUCCUAUUUGCACUCGAUUUUCAAGGUGCAUCGUGAUAUUAAGGGAGGUAAUAUUUUAUUAACUGAACAAGGAGAGUCUGAAGAACUUGGAAGAUAUUUUCGCAACACUAUGUAUCCAGGUGAAGAUACUGGACUCCUUCGACUUCAUAGCACAUAUCGCCAUGACCUUAAAAUUUACAGCUCUGAUGAGGGUCGUGUGCAGGGGCUCCUAGACUUGGAAGGACAAUUAACACCAACAUUGGUUUCACUUGUUAGCAAGGGUUCAUUAAUGUUAGAUGGACUUGAUAAUGCAAGUAUUGAAAUGGAAGAAGCUAAGGCAAGAUUGAACGAAUUAAUUACUACUGGAGUGAAGGCAGCACAGGCAAACGAAUUAUCUAAUAAAAAACCCUGGAUGGUUGAUGGGGCUGGACUUCCACUCAAUGCUGCAGACCUUCUACCUACACUGGUAAAAGAUUUAUUUAAUAGAAGUGCUUCUAAGUUAUAUAAUGAAUGUGGGAGUUCACAACCUGCAUCUGAUGCACUUGCAAAAGACACCAUUUGUAGAGGAAGAAGAAGGUUCAGGGAAAAAGAUUCCAGGGCUAACGACGUUCCUUCCUUAUUCGAUCUUGCUUUCUUAUCGGAUCAGAUUCUUCAUCUCACUCUCAAAUGGUCUUGA